AUGAGUUUCAAUAUUUACAUUUUCCCUCACAUUUUGUUUGGGUGUUUGCUACUAUCUUCUCUUCUAUCCACCGUAGACUCCAAUGCACUUGAAGUAGAGGAUGAAUCUCCAUUUUCCUAUGACUUGGGAGCUGAAAAUGGGCCACAAAACUGGGGCAAUUUGCACCCGAAUUGGACUCUAUGUGCAACCGGACAAAGCCAGUCCCCAGCUAACAUUGUUGAUUACACAGUGAUUAAUCGGUCCUCAUUUGGUGAUUUAAGAGUAGAUUAUAAACCGGCUCAAGCUAGAAUUAGAAACAAGGGACACUCUAUAGAGGUAGAAUGGACAGGUGAUGCUGGUGGGAUCUUCAUUAAGGGGAGUGGGUUUAAAUUACUACAAUGCCAUUGGCAUAUUCCUUCUGAGCACACAUUAAAUGGAGUUAGAUUCAAUAUGGAGCAGCACAUUGUUCACAACAAUUCUGCAGGAGAUAUUGCUGUAAUUGGCAUCCUGUACAAGAUAGGAUGGCCUGAUUAUUUCCUCUCAAGGAUUACUCCAUAUCUAAAGUCAACUAAUAGAGAAGGAACUAAUAUUGGGACAGUUGAUCCAAGGAGUAUAAAUUUUGCAGCCAAACCAGAAUAUUACAGAUAUAAUGGCUCCCUUACAACUCCUCCAUGCUCAGAAAAUAUCACUUGGACAAUAUUUAAGAUGGUAAGAACAGCCUCAGCACAACAAAUAAGGGCACUAAGGGAUGCAGUUAAUGAUGGAAAUACAGGAAACGCGAGGCCAAUUCAGGCACUGAAUGGGAGACCUGUAUAUCUGCUUCAACCAAGACAUUUUCUCUGA